AUGGCCGUCGACCCUUCAAUUCCUGAGCCGGAUGGCGUCCCUCUUCCUGCAUUUCAAUCCCGGACAGGCUCCAUGUCUUCCACAUCAUCGCCGAACUCUCAGGCGCAGAGCACCACCCCCGCCGCCUCCUCUGGUACUGGUGUCGAUGCGGAGAAGAACACAACUCCGGAUAUGAGCAAUGAUGGACGCUCGCGGGAAUCCACGGUGCCUGCAGCUUGUUUGGCAUGCCGCAGCAAGCAUCUCAAGUGCGAUGGGCAAACGCCAUGUGCCCGUUGUAUCAGCACACAAAGUGAAUGCGUUUAUGUUGCAUCUCGCAGGGGCUACAAAGGUCCUCGUCGUGGCACAGUCCAAAACCCCAAUAAGAGACAGGCUACCUCACCACCUGAUUUGAGCCCCGGCAGCUCGGAUUGCCCUAUGCUCCUCGGAGCACGAACGGGGUCAACUAAUAUGCCUACAGUAGUUGGCGGCGGAUUUGGUCCACCGACUAUGCCUUCGCACGACGUGAAUGCGGCCGGGUACGCCCCGUCCCAACAGCCUACUAAUAUGCAGCUUUACAAGUCGUAUUGUGCCGUCAAUGGGAUCGAUCCGUCAGGGUGGGUGGUGAACCAGACUGGAAACCCAGCUGCCGUGCAAAUUCCUGGUCCCACGAUGGAGGAGCGGUGUUUCGAUUCAUUCUAUCAUCACUUUCACGCCUCACACCCAUUUGUUUUGCCUAAACCGUUUCUCCUCCAGAUAUCGAAGGAGCCGUCGUUGAAUCCGGUAACGGCGGCCAUGAGAUGGGUUGGAUCAAUAUUCAUCGAUGUUGCUACCCCUGUUCGAGAACGAAUGUUCAACGAAGCGUUUAGCCUCAUUUAUGCCCCUGGACGGUCCAAGGAUGGUUUCCUGGUGCAAGCCAUGAUGCUCCUCAUCGUUGGCCUUGAUGGGAGCUGUCAACAGGACAAGGCAAGAGGCAUCCUCAACGACGUGGAGGCUCUGGCGCUGGAAAUAAGACUCAACACUCGAGAAUUUGCAACAACACACGGACGUGGCAUUGCUGUUUUGGAAGAAAGCUGGCGUCGCACUUGGUGGGACUUGUUCGUUAUUGAUGGGAUGGUGGCUGGUGUCCAUCGUGUAACCAACUUUCUUCUCUUCGACGUUCCGGCUGGAGCUGCACUUCCCUGUGAAGAAGACCAAUAUUUAACGGCGAGAAUACCCAUCCCGCUAUAUCUGGACGACCUUGAGGACCAAGACUUUUCCGGUGAAGACCGCGAGUUUUCAUCUUUUGCCUAUCGCGUAUUAUGUGCGCGCAACUUGGGGAAGUUGAUGCGAGCACCUCCAAUUUUCGGACCGGAAGACGAAAAUCUUGGCAAGAUCGAAACACUCCUUACCAACUGGCGGCUUCAUCUACCUUCGGCGAAGCGAGAUGCUUUACAAAAGAAUGGAAAGCUGGACGAAAUGAUGUUCCAGGCACACAUGAUGAACCAGGCGACAUCGAUUAUGCUUCAUCAACCGCAUUCACAACUUGACUCGAGCCCAACGCAAGAUAUCAAUUCGUGCGCUCCCCACCAAGUCAUACCCGCCGGGGAUCUGUUCAACUCGCAUACCAGACACACUAUAGAAUCCGCCAACUGCAUCAGCACAAUGAUUACUCACCGCGUGCCACUUCUCUCGCAUACGCAUUUCUUUACUUGUGUCAUCACGCUGUCGUCAAUCGUGCAUCUGAGCAGGUGGGCAUUAUUCUUCAUUCCUCACGACGACGACGAUCUUCGACAGCAAAUACGGCUCAACAUCGGUGCAUUAAACCACCUCUCCGAGGUAUGGGGGGCUGCUGAUCGAGCUCGAGGGCAGGUCAAGGCGGUGGCGCAGGAAAUAUACAAGGUAAAGAAGCAGCAGCGGUCAAACUCUCAGUUUUGGCUGGGUCUUUCUCAGGAAGAGAUGCUCAAUACAAUUGCGACGGACGACUCCAUUAUCAACGAAAUUGAAAACUUCGAGCCGAUGCCAAAUCUUCUAGGGUGA